AUGCCCGGAAGUCCCAAGCAGCGUAAAGUCGUUAUUGUGGGUGCAGGACCAGUCGGGUCACUCGCGGCACUCUAUGCUGCCGCGCGAGGUGAUCAUGUUGAGCUUUAUGAACUUCGCGGAGAUCUUCGCGAUCCUUCGACUGUUCCUCUAAAUUUUACAAAGUCGAUCAAUCUGGCAAUCUCUGAACGUGGAAUCCAUUCCAUGAAAUCCAGCAACCGCCCAGAGUUUGUCCAACAGAUUCUCCAUGAAGCCAUUCCGAUGCAUGGGCGUAUGAUUCACGGCCGUGCAAAGAACGGAUCGCUCUGGGAGGAUGCGCAGGCGUAUGAUAUUCACGGUCGACACAUAAAUGCGAUAGACCGUGGGACUUUGAACACAAUUCUCUUGAAUGAGCUUGAGAAAACGCCCAAUGUCAAGGUCUUUUUUAACCAUAAGUUAACAGGAGCCGACUUCAAAACUAACAAGGCGUGGUUCGAGCGGAGGAAUCCAGAUGAUACCGUGGGAACAUUUAAGGCUGACUCCAAUCAGGAUGACAGGUCUAUUAAUGUGACCAGGGCUCCGGAGCUUGAGGUUCCAUUUGAUUUCUUGAUCGGAGCAGACGGCGCUCAUUCCGCCACAAGAUUCCAUCUGAUGAAAUUUACCCGCAUGGACUAUCAGCAAGAAUACGUCGAUACUCUAUGGUGCGAAUUUCAAAUCAAGGCAUCCGACAACAAUGAUUUUCGUAUCUCUCCGAAUCACUUACACAUCUGGCCCGGCCGUGAAUUCAUGUUUAUCGCUUUGCCAUCACCAGAUAGAUCAUUUACCUGUACGCUCUUUGCACCGUCAGCUCAAUACGCAGCAUUGCAGAAAUCUCCGGAAAACCUUCAACAGUUCUUCAACACACAUUUUCCAGGCGUCUCGCCAGAACUCAUCUCCCUGGAUUCUCUUACAGAACAGUUUAUGAAUAAUCCACACCUACCGCUGAUUAGCAUCAAGUGCUCGCCACAUCAUUUCAACUCGAGCGUCGUCAUCUUAGGUGACGCUUCCCACGCCGUACUUCCAUUUUACGGCCAGGGACUAAACGCAGGGCUUGAGGACGUCCGUAUCCUCUUUGAGCUUCUUGAUGAAUACGGUGUGUAUUCCCCUGAGUGCAUGAACAAUCCCACUCGUAUAAAGGAAGCGCGUGAAGCAGCCUUAAACGCAUAUACCCGUCAACGCGUCCCCGAUGCCCAUGCAAUCAACGAUUUAUCUCGGCGCAAUUACAUCGAGAUGCGGUGGGGGGUAAAAUCCUCCACCUAUCUAAUCCGCAAAGCAAUAGAGGAAGCCCUCUAUAGAUAUGCGCCGGGUCUUGGUUGGUCCACGCAAUACGCUCGCGUUAGUUUUGGCAACCAGCGCUAUUCUGAGGUAGAAAGAGCCACAACUCGCCAAAGCCAGGUACUUCUCCGGGCUCUUGCUCUCCUAUUUUUCUCUGCUGUUGGUUUGGUUGGGCUUUGGAUGUGGAGAUGGCGCCGUCUAAGGUCUUUAGCAGCGUCCCUCAUUCAUGAGGGGCUCCGAAUGCUCAAAAGAAAUUAG